CCCAUCAUGCUUUGCCGUGCCCGCCGACCCGAAAGCUACCGAUGCUAGGCUAGCUGUCGUUAGCUACCGGGAGCGGACAUGUUGUACCGACCCUUCCUUUAAUAAACACCACUGUAAGCUCGGAAACAGGAGUUAAGGGGAAGGUUGCGAGUGUCGGGCUAUCAUGGAUGCCGUCAACGCCUUUAACCAUGAGUUAUUCUCAUUGAUGGACUCCAAGCCCCCAAUCUCUCGGGCAAAGAUGAUCUCCAUCACAAAAUCGGCCAUCAAAGCUAUGAAACUCUACAAACAUGUGGUCCAAAUUGUGGAAAAGUUCAUCAAAAAGUGUAAGCCUGAGUACAAGAUAGCGGGCCUCUAUGUGGUGGAUUCCAUUGUUAGGCAGUCCAGACACCAGUUUGGAUCAGACAAGGACGUGUUUGGCCCAAGAUUCACCAAAAACAUUACAGGAACCUUUGAAAACCUCUGCCUAUGCCCAGAAGGGGACAGGAGUAAGAUCAUAAGGGUGUUGAACCUGUGGCAGAAAAAUGGAGUGUUCAAGAUUGAGAUUAUUCAGCCCCUCCUGGACAUGGCAGCUGGCUCGUGCAGUGCUGCUGCACUCUUUGCAGGCUCCGAUGACACAGGUUUUUCCCCACCUCCAGCCAAAGAGCCAGUUACUGCGGUAACGGCAAACUCCACCAUGACAUCCACUUCUCAGCUGCAAAACUCUGACGCCUUUGCUGCUGUGGCACAGCUCUUCCAGUCCACGCAGGGUCAGCAGGUGAGUCUUCAACAGAUGCUCCAGAACUUCCAGAAGCAGCCAGUGAAGCCUGACACAAACACUCCUGUCCAUACCACUCAAACGCAGGCCCAACACAUCACGUCUGGCCUGGGCAUGGUCCCCCUGCAACCCCCUCUGCCCACCCAAACCGCCCAGCAGAAGGCAGCCUUUGACAAGAAAUUGCUGGACCGCUUUGACUACGAUGAUGAACCAGACUUUGGGGAAGAGGCGAAGAAGGAUGAAAUGUCAACACAGCCCUCCUUCAUGCAGCACCCUCCAGGCUUCCCACAGCACAUGGAGCACUUUAAACCACCAAUGCUAAACAUGUUGCAAGACCCCUCACAACAGGUUCCUCUCCCUCCAAAUGGCCAGCACCAGGCCUACGGUUUGCCGCCAGGUCAUAACUUCCCAGGUUUGAUGCCUCAUAUGGGGCAUGCUUUGCCAGGGCAGUCCCCCCCUGGUUCUGCUGGGCCUCCAGGCUUCCCCGGGGGAUACCCUCCCCACAAUGCUGCCCAUCAACAGGAUUUGUCAAUGGAUAUCGACCGUUCGUCUUCAAGGGAUGGCAGACAUGGUCGACGGUCACACUCAGGCUCCAGGUCUCCAAAGCGGAGGAGGUCACGGUCUAAUUCCCGUACAAGGCGAACCAGGCACAGGCGAUCGCGCUCGCGCUCCAGAGACAGACGUCACCACUCCCCUCGUGCUCGCUCGCAGGACCGCAGGGAGAGAGAGAAGGAGAGAGAGCGACGGCAGAAAGGCCUCCCGCCACCCAAGAGCGAGACACUAAGCAUUUGUAGUACAACUCUGUGGGUGGGCCAGUUGGACAAGAGAACCCAACAGCAAGAUGUUGCCUGUUUACUGGAGGAGUUUGGGCAGAUAGAGUCCAUCAAUAUGAUCCCUCCACGUGGCUGUGCCUAUAUUGUCAUGAUACACAGACAAGAUGCCUUCAAGGCUCUGCAGAAGCUGAGCAGAGGAUCUCAUAAAGUGAACCAGAAAACCAUCAAGAUUGCUUGGGCUUUAAACAAGGGCAUAAAGGCUGAGUUUAAGCAGUACUGGGACGUGGAGCUGGGUGUCACCUACAUACCUUGGGCUAAAAUCGGAGAGGCUCAGUUGGAGGAGCUAAAAGAAGGAGGAGUUCUUGAUUUGGACACCUUAUCCCCAGAGUGGAGUGAAGCGAGGAAAAAUCUCGGCAUCCACGAUGAAUUCACACACAAUGGCCGUUCAGAGCCACAGCUGCCUCAGGAAACACAAGUUCUACCUAUGGCUGCUGCUGUGCCUCAUGCUCAGGUUCCUCCAAUGCAACAGCCGGUGAUCGGUGUGGGUUCCCUCCAGCCUCCUGGUUUUUCUGGGCCCAUAGGCAUGCCUCCCCAUUCCUUUCCUCCAGGUGUCCCCCCUCCUCACUUCAUCAGACCUGGCUUCAACCCCAUGCAGAUGCCUCCAGGUUUCCCUCCCCCAGGUGCCAUGCCUCUGGGUCUCCCACCGCCCUCCAAAGGUGGAGUUGAAGACUCCUCUUUGGACCCAGCUGGUCUGGGCAACAGGAAAAGUGACGAAUUCCCGGAUGGUCACAACAUUUUCAACAACCAGAUGGGACCUAUGGGUGGACCUCCAGGGGCUCUUCCAGGAAUUAUCCAACCCCCUUCUGGUGGUCUCCUAGGCGCACGGCCCGGUAUAAUGCCACUCCAGCGUCCUCCGGUCCCCCCCCCACCACACAUGCAGCGUUUCCCUCCACCCCACGGCCAACGACCCCCUCACCCCAACAUGCCACCUAUGCCCCCACAGAUGAUGCCCAGAGGGCCACACCCUCAAAUGAUGCACCCUGACACCCCACCUCCUAAAGGUGGCUUUGGGAUGCUUCUUCCCCCCAAUAUGAGGCCCCCUUUCCCUCCACAUGGGCACGGACCUCCUCCACACGGCCCUCCUCCUCAUGGUCCUCCUCCUCCCUUCGUUAGACCAGGGGGACCUCGUGGCUUGGAGGGGCCGGAAGAAAUGGAUGGCAGACAAUUCAGGGGGGACAGGCCUGGAUUCAGGGACCGAGAGCCAGAGAGAGAUAGGGACUGGGAUCGAGGUUUUGGUGGAAGGCGUCCCUUUGGUGAUGGAGGGAGAGGAGGAGGAGGAGGAGGUGGCGGCGAUAGAAUGGAAGGGAGGGAGCGGCUCGGAGGCUGGCAAGAAGAUGGAGCCGAUCACCGAGGAGGAGGAUGGGAGAGGGACAGAGAUCGGGAUAAAGACCGCGACCGAGACAGAGACAGACGCGACUGGAGGGAGAAGCGGAACAGCCUGGAUGGAGAUAGGGAGCGAGGGAGGGGAGAAGAUGGGGAAAGGGAACGAGGGAGGGCAGAGGGAGGACCAAGAGGGAGGGUAGAAAGAGCGAGAGGAGUUGAAGGGAAAGAAGGGGACAGGCCGAGGCGGUCGGAGCGGCGGGAGAGGACCUCGCGGUGGGACAAGGACGACCGAUUGGCCGAACUGGAAAACAUGGAUAAACAAAGGAACUCUAAUAGCACAGGGGAACCUCCUGUGACUCCUGUGGUUACCGCGGAGACCAGUAAAGAACCAACGGUUGACGCUUCUGAAGAAAAGGCAGAAUCUGAACUUGUAUCUCCGUCCUCAGAGGAAACUAAGGCUGCAGCAGAGCCGGUUCCCCCUGAGCCCUCACCUCCAGCUCAGAGUGAGCCCACAGAAACAGAAGAGGAAGCGGCGUCAUAGACAUGAAAGUCAGUCUUGAAUCAUUGCAUAAGACUUGUAGUUUGUCACAGUUUAUUAUUGUCAGUCUCUGGUUAGCAACACUGAAAACAAACAUCUUCCUCACGUGUAAAAUGAUUGUUUUCAGACUUUAUGGUCAAGUUUAGCUUUGCAUCCGUUUCUCGACACAAGACCACAUGACAUUUGGUUUGGUUGAAUUGCUGUAGUAACACAUUGGCUGUCAACUGUUUUCUUCCUGUAAGUUGUAUGAGUGAACUGGGUGCUUGCAUGUUAACUUGGCUCUGUCCAUUUGAGGCACAUGUGAGCUUUUAUGUUUUUACUCGACUUGAUCUGCAGACAGGAGAAACAUCUAGUUUCACUUUUUUACUUCAUUGCCUUUUCUGUGUGAAUGCAAGCACUCCUCAAAAAAGGUGCAUAUGUUCACUUUUAAGAUACUUUUUAAUGUCAAGAUGUUACGUCAAACACUGAAUAUCUUCUCAAACAGCUGUAUGAUAAUAUAGGCACCAUUUUAUUUUUCUAAUGUUCAUCUCGGCUCCUCAUUGCAAGAUCCAAGUCAGUAAGGCACAGUUUUGAAAGAACUAUUGUUGCCUUGAAAUCCAAUCAGGUUGCUUGUAGGUGUUUGAAUUAAUAAAAGAAAUAACUAUUUGGGGAAUACAUGUCACAGUAAAUUACAGAGAGAAUUAGGCUUAGUAAUUUGUCCAGACAAAGUGUUUCCUUUUGAAUAUUUUCCAGAUCUCCGCCACUUGAACCACACUUUAUGUCAGGCAGAAUAAAGAUGGGUAUUGUUUUCUUUCUACCACACUUACAUUUUGUCAUAAACACUCAUUGUUCACCCUCAAAACAAGAUAUGUUUUUAUAUGUCCCACUAGUUUCCGGACAGUGGAAUCAAACUCGGCCGUCAUAUUUUACUGAUAUCAGGGAGUCUAGCCUAACGCGUAUCUCAUUCUAAUAUUAUUUAGGAAAGCUAGAUACACCAGGUUCAUUAUCCAUGCUUUUCUUUUCCAGAUGUCACUUUUAGUAUUUUAAUGCUUUUCGCAUGCAUAUAAUCAUUUUUGUUUUAAUAACAAAAGUAUCAGACAAACAGUUUAGGGGCUCAUAACCAAGGACUUAAAUAGUGGCAUUAUCAUUUUUCUUUGCUGAACAGAGAUGUCAAUCCAUGUAGCCAUCCAUAUAUCUGAACGGAAGAAAAGGUAUGUUAUGAUGUAUCUCCCAUUUAAUAUUUUCGGAAGUAACGGAAUUAGACGAUGUUAUAGAAGUGGGCUUUGUAUUUAAAGGUAUGAGUGAUUUUAACCUCUAGAUUUUGAUAUGCAAAUAUAAGGAUAAGCAUUUGCAAAUAAAUUGACUUCCACCCAGAUGAGCUUUUUCAAAACAAAUAUACGAAACAUUUGUAUCUGGUUAGGUGUAAAAUGUUUCAAAACUAACAUCUGCAGGAAGUAGGAUUUGUGUAUCGAAUUAUUUCUUUGAAUUAAACAACUUUCAGUUAGGAAACACAUGUUUCAUGUACAACACAAGUUAAGUUUAAAAGUUGUGCUCUCCACAAAAACUGCAAAAAUUCAGGUGCCCACUUGGAUUUUUAAAAAUGGUGUAUACACUAUUUAGCUGGCAGACUCAAUAGGCUUUAUGUUAAUAGUUGUCUUUUCUUUUCCCCCUGUGUAUGGAAGAAAGGGGGCAAUAUCUUUGAUCAGACUGAAGAGUUUUCCAUUUGUUCUAUGUAUGUCAGUCAAACUCGGCUAUGCAUUAGUUUGAGCCUAAAAAAUACAAAAUGGAACCCUGUGACUGAAUUGUGAUAUUUCUUUGAUGAACACAAUUUUCAAAGUCAGGGUCUGUGUCACUGCAGACAUACUUUUUCCAAUAUUAAUUAAGUAACAUGAAGCUCACAUUCUCUAAGAUCUAUUUUGGUUGUUGAAAAAUUAUAACACAGAAGCGCUGAGUGCUAAACUUAAAGUCAAGAAAUUAAAGUUGCUGCUUGGGACUCACUGCUGUAAAUAUGCUUGUAUCACUGACAAUUCAAAGGUUUGAUGUUUGUUGUUUAUGAUUUGUAUUUGAAGCAAAUUGAUUUGGAAGGAACAACAGAGGCCUCUUGCUUGAACGUUUUUUUUUUAAAAAACUCCUAAUGGUGUGAAAAUUGAGAGUUGCUUCUAUGAUUUGUUAAAAACACAAAAGACAUGGACAUAAAAGCUUCAAUAUUUCAGCCAGGAAUUGUUUUUAAUAAACUAUUUUUGUACCAAAUAA